UGAAACAGGGGGCUGUUUCCGGUACAUAAAGAAGGCUUAUGAUUGCAGUUAUAAUUUAGAUUAAUGCAUUCUUUUAGUACAUUAUUGGCCUAAAUGACCAUGCCUACAGGGGUCACUGUGUACCAUACAACAAAUCACUUUGCAUAAGAAAAGCAUAAAAUGUGCUUCAGCCAUUGAGAUAAUAAGUUUUACGUAUCUUCUGAGGAAUGUUGAACACUCAAGCAAUGGAGAAAGAUUAUUCUGUUCAGUUCUUCUCAACUUUUAUUGCAAAUCUUCAGAAACUUUGCCAAGCCUAUAUUAAGUUUGAUAGAAAUAUUGAAGUUAGUGGCUAUGUUUGUGUUGAAAUAGACAAUUCUAAGAAAGAGCGUUAUGUGCUAAGUGAACUUGUCCAAAACUGUGGCAGUGUUGUAAGUGAGAGUUACUGCACAAAGGUUUUCCGCACUUUGCCACCAUUAGCACCAACAAGUCAGAAAUCAGCAUCACAGAUUGAUCAGGAUUCCUGGUCAGUGAAUACACCUGCAGACAAACCCAGGCACAAGGUAUCUCAGGAACGAAGAGGCAGCAUCUCUAGCAAUAAAUCCAUUGAAAGUUUAACAGACAUCCGAGAAUCAGAAAAUGGUUCUGUUUCCAACUAUAGCUCAGAUGGAGCAGAAAAUCUACGAGUCAGUUCAGGGCAGAGAUCAAAACGAACAUCUUUUGACCAGGACAAAGAAAACAGCAUUCGGAUGUCCUGGGAUGCUGCUCAGAGGCUGUCUCAGGAGAUCCAGUCAAGGACAUGUUCAGAGUCAAGUCGUAGUUGGCAUCAGGUACAGAGACGAGACAGCCUCCCUAGUUUUGCUCACAUAUCCAACCGAGGCCGGAGCAGCAGCAGUACCAGCCUGGCAAGUCCCUCAGAGACUGUUCUAGAUCUAGAGUCCGUCAAGGUGGAGGGCUCCGGCACCAGACAGUCCUGCGUUCAGGCCAAACACCAGCCCUCCAGCCCCAUAGAACAUGGGGAGGGAUUUGGUGGAGUGGUGCCAGUUGGCAUCCAUGCUAAUCUCUCCAAUCUCGGUCAUAUUGUGGAGGCAUUUGCAGCAUCAAGAUCAGCAAUAGCUCAACCCGCCCACAGUUCUGAAGACAGAUUCUCGCGCCCCAGUGUCUCAGUCUCUCAAGCAAGCCACUCUCCUGCUGUUCACUCCCAAGUCCCAACAGACAUCUCGUCGGGGAGGAGUCGCGGGCCGUCUCUCGCCGCCAGUCGUAGUCAGCAGGAGGUGUUCAUGCAGAUGUUGCCUCAAGGCUAUGGUCAGUCCAGCAGCAGACACUCGGUACAGAUGGUGCAGGCAGCAGACAGGCAGCACAAACUAGAGGCCUCACUUGGGGACUGUCCCGAAGAUGUCAUAGACCUGGACAUCGAUGAUAUGGACACUGACCAUACUGAUAGCUCUAUUGCUGAUGUCAAUGCAAGUCUCACAUUGUCGGGGAUUGACCAGAGUGUUUUGUCUGAGUAUAUGACAUCUUCAGUUCAGGUGACAGAUAUUCAAAGAAAGAGGAACGCUCAGCUGAACUGCCAGAGAUACGCUUUGAGGCUGUUCUGUGAAUUUCACCAAAGUAAAUCAGGUUCUAUGUCUUCCUUGGACACCAUCCCUCAGGAACAACUCGACGUUAUGCUUAGUGACUUCUAUGCAACAUCUAAGAAAGGAAAUGGAGAGGACUUCACUGUCAGUUCCCUUAGAAGUAUCCAAUACUACCUGGAGUCUCAUCUGUUUGAGAACUUCAUCUUGUCAGGGUCAAGGGCGGUGGUAUUCAAGAACUCACGUCAAGCAUUACGGAAAAGAUGCGAAGAGUUGCGAGUCAAACAGAAGUCUUCACCUAUCAACAAACGUAAUAUGACUUCUUCGGACAUAGACCUCCUGUUUGAAAAAGGGCAGCUAGGAGCAGCCACUCCUGAUGUUCUGCUCAACACUCUGUGGUUGAUGAAUGUCAUGUGUUUCGGAAUCAAAGGCAGCGAACAUUUCUCUCUUCGAUGGGGAGACAUCAUUCUUAACACUGACAAAGAAGGAAGACAGUUCCUGGAAUAUGCAGGAUCUGGAACUUCCGGGCAGCCAAUCCAUUGUCUCCGAGUGUAUUCACUCCCUCAUAAUCAGUCCCGAUGCUGUGUUCACUUUUUCAAGCAAUACCUAAGCCAUCGUCCUGCAAUAGCCCUUCAGCCAGAUGACCCAUUCUACCUCGCCAUCAACAACCAGUAUGAGAGGGUCGGGUCUUGGUAUGUGAAGGAGAAACUGUCCAUGAGCAGACUGUCCUCCACAUGGAGGAAUAUACUGUUUGCAGCAGGACUACCUUCAGAGAGGAAGCCACCGGUUGGCUACCAGACAGGACUCUUCCUCCAGGCAGCACAGAUCCCUGUGCCACUCAGUCGGCACAUGGACAGAACAGCACCAGAGGGGGCUGCUGCUGCCUCCAAGUAAUGAUUGCAUACUGCUGAACACCUAUACGUCUUAGAUCAAACGGAGAUACAGAUACUGAAAUAGUGGGGGGUAGAAAGAUAACUAUUUUUGUAACAUGCAUCAUCAAGACCCAGGGAUGACAUCCAGCUGCUUCCAUGGCAAGUCAUGUGAAAAAUUGUUUGAAAAUGUAUUUUGGGCAAUAUAUCAUGUUUUUAGUUCACCUGACUGAACAUGCUGAAAGUCAAGUGAGCUUAUGUCGUGGCAUAUUGUUCAUUCAUCUCUCCUUCACUUGGCUAUUUCAACAUCACCUUGGAAACUGCAAGGCUGAAACUUCACAUUGAUCAGUAGUUUGUCUGGUCUGGACUGCAUUUGGCAUCAUACUGUAGCUAAGGUCGGUGUUGAACAACAAGCAUAAAUUUCAUAUCUGACUUUCAAACAUGGCCACCAUAGCAGCCAUAUUGAGAAUUUUACUUUUUGCCAAUUUCUACGAGUGUUAUUGUCUAGAUUAUAAAAUUUGAUACAUGAUUAGCUAUGGGUAUUUUGAUAUUUGAUUCAGCUACAGGUCAUAACAGCCAUAUUGAACAUUUCCUUUUAGUCCAUUUCUGAGCCUUUUCUGCAUGAAACAUUAUAACAUUUGCAAUGGAUUAAGUAAGUACUAUCCACACUAACAUGUUACGUGCAUGUGUUAAUGUGUAAAUUGAUUCAGAGAAGAUGCUUUUAGGAUGUCUGUUGUGAAGAAAUAUUUAUUUCUUUAACUUAUUCUUCUUCACCCCUGAAGACUUUUCUGCUUUAAUAUAAUAUUCCAGAAGAUUACAGGUGAGCUUCAGAGCCUUAUGGCUCUAAUUUCAAUUUUUUAUAACAUUUUCAUGAAAAUUGUAGUUCGUCUUCUUCAUGUUAAUAUUUGUAUCACUGUUUGCAGUGUUGUAACCAAAUGGUUCAUAUUGCUGUGUUGGCAUUUCUACUAUCUUAUUUGUGUGUAAUUGUCAUCAUGAUAUGCACAAUGAUCAUAUCAAAUGUUGUGUUUUCUUUGUUUUGUAACAAGCUCCAUCAUCAUGAAUAUCAUCAUCCACAUUAUCAUCAAUCAUCAACAUCAUCAUCAACAUCAACAUCAACAUCAUCAAUCGUCAUAGGCAACAAGAACAUUACACUACCCCUUACUUAGAAAUUGGGACAUUUUGAGACUGACAAUUCACUUACAUCUCAUAUAUAUAUUGUAUAUUGAAGCACAGGGCUACACUGCAGACAUUGUCAGGUUUAUAGUUGGUUGAAAUGGCCAGCACAUGUUGAGAUGAGUUGUUUCUCCAGAGUUGUGACUGGACACAUCUCUACAUGUUGAGUACAUGUGUGUAAGUAUAACUCACUGUGUACGGGAAAUUUGUAAGAGUUUAAGAGUUUGUAGUAAUAUUGAAAGUGUGCUUCAGGUGACACCGUGAGAGCACAACAAAUUCAAUCCUUUAGGAUUGACUCCACUAAGUGGGAAUAUUGUUUGAUUCGUCUUCGAAUAAAAUUAAAAAGAAAUGUUUCUUUUCAGCUUUUCGUUAUGAAGCAAUAUACUUUUCACUGUAGCAGGUGACUGUAUGAGAGUCAAAUCCCUUUUAUAAAACACAAAUUAAUAAUUCAAAAGGCCUGCAGGAUAAAUUGUUAAAUGUUAAUUUUAUGUUAUUAAUGACAUGUAUGAUGUUAGUGAUUUCUGUAAUGCAACUGUUGUGGUAGUGUGUAUUCAUGUCCUGUCAAGGGCAGCAUCCAGAUGGUACAGUUGUAAUCAUGUGAACACAUUCGAUGGUAUGGGUGUGAAAUGUAUCCACAAGUUUUGAACACGUUUGGAGGUAUUUGUCUUUUUUAACAGCUCACUUUUUUCGAUUUGACUAAUGUUUUGAUGUAUUAAGUGCAGUUCGCAUAGAAUGUUCUGGACAAUAUGUUUCUUAUACGUACAAAAAACAAUAGUCAAAAAGAUCUUAUCUAAAUUACAAAAGACUGGUGUAAGUCCUAUAAUUGAAUCAGUCAUGAUAAGAGUGGUGUCGGUGUUGACAAAGAGGGCCUGACUGAUACAGCCACUACAAUAUGAACUGAUGUCCUGGGGCCCAGCUUCCAUCUGGCUGCUGUGUGUUGAAUGACUGUGAAUCUUGUGUCAGCUGAAUCAAACCUCACCUGUACUGAAUAAUGCCUGAGAACCAAGCAGGCUUUCACCUAUCUGUAAGAUUUGUUGUUCUUUUCACUUAGUACUUUCCACAACAGAAUGGACGGCAAUCUGUGUAAGAGCCUUUGACACUCCAGAUAAUUGUUCCUCAUAUGAAGGUAAAAUUUCUUCUUCUUUUGGAGUAUAUUGUUACUUCAGAGGUGGAUCCAGGACGUUAAAACGGAGAUGUUCCACUUGGGCUGUUUGUAACUUCUGUGGGGUGUGCGUGUGUGCCACCCACUUUAUGUAAACCAAUAAUAAUUAUGUUUUAACAACCAAAUCAACAUGUUAUCAUGGUAGGCAAUGGGCAUAGAAAAUGUCAUCAGAUGUUAAAAAAGGGAAUGUGCCACUGUACUUCUUAAUGCCAUGACAGUAUAUGAGCACAUGGAACAGGAGUAUACUGGUGUAUGAAGUUCAGAAGGUGUUUGGUUUUUCUGAGUUUAUGGAUCCACCAACAUAAACAUAAAGGUCUGUUAAAAUGGUUAAUGAUAUACAACCAAAUGUAAGUGCAGACUGAUAGAAUGCGACACUCUAUACAGCAAGCUUCCUUCACUAGAAUUCUUUGAUUUGUCAUUUUGACCAUACUUCAAAAAUUAUUUUUUACAGUUAUGUUUUUAUUAUAUGACCAUGCUAAUCAAAUGAUUUUGAAAUGUAAUUAAGUCUUUAUAUCUUAUUCUUUGGUAAAUUCUCCUAAUACUUUGCAGAAAUGUUCCUAUGUACCUCUUGAGCCAGUGACGAUUAGACAAAGGUUCUUGUUGGCGCUUAGUUGUAUGUAAUGCUGAUCUGUGAUCAAUGGAAUGCAGAUUCAAAGAUGUGCAACUGAUCAUGUACUCUGAACAUAGAAAUGAUGUGUGUAUAAUCAUGCUUCUUGGUCAUGAUGUAAUUCCUUAUUUAUUCUUUAUAUCAUAUAUAUUAUAUAUUUUUUGUGCUUUAUAGAUGGGGUCAAUCAAUUCCCCACGAUAUGAUGUAGAAUAAGACAUUCUGUAUACAUGGGUUUCAGACACAAGUUGUAUAUUGGUAAUGCUCAGAGUGUAGGAGCAUACACAGAUUUUGAAUUAAAUGAUUGGAUGGCAUGUCUUCAUAAGGAAAGACAACUGAAUAAUUUGGGGCUAAGAAACAAAGAUUGUUUGAAUAUAUUGAUAUAUUGUGUUUUGUUAUUUCAAGUGCACCCCACUUUAGAAACAGCUGUGUCUGUGUUUGCAGGAUAGUGUAAGUGGCCAAGUUGCCUUGGUCACUGAAAGCAAAUGUACAGAGUUACAUCCCUUAGCUGCCAGGAUCUGCUGGUCCAAUCCCAGAUUCAGCCUGAGGGUCAUCCUUGGUCAUACUCUCAUACUCAUUCUACGCAAUUCCACUGUGGUAAACAUGUGCAGGCUGCAUGACACAACAGGCUUUCCUCCCACAUGUCUCUCAGUGGUAUUAAUGCUGGAAUAUUGCUAAAAGCGGCGUAAAACCAUACUCACUCACUCACUCACUAAUGCACUGUGACCAAAUGCAAUAAGAAAAACUCAUGUCUGAUUUGAAAUCCUGAGAAAAACAUGUUUUAGAUCAAUAACUUUGAUAACUCUUAAGUUGGGGUUUUAAAUAUUUUAUACAAUUUCCAAUCUUUCAUCAGAAAGUUUUAUGCUGAUUUGUUACAUGCUUUUUUCCUAUUCAUAUAAUUUAUAUGUGUAUUAAAUGUGUUAUACAGUUUGUUAGUUAUAUCAUAUCUGUUGCAUUUAUUAUCCUGUACAAGUAGCAAACAUUUAUAUAGUGUCACAGGGAGACAUUUACUCCACAAUGACAGAGGAAAAAGUUCAUAACAAAUAUAUAUUGAAUAUUGAAGAGUUCGUAUCCAAAUUUGCUGUUUUUGUUUUGCCCAUCUUUAAUGUUGGUUAUUGCACUGUGAUGAAUUUGUUAUGUGUUGCCUUGUGUGCGUUACUUAAUACAAUGUUGGCCUCUAUGUAGAGACAUCUGGGGGAUCUUCAUAAGGCACAUAUGUAUAGAAACAUCAUUGCAGUGGAGUCCGUCCAAAUUGGACUUUUCUCCGGUUCCCUCAGUUCUUAAAUAAAUUAUCAUUACUGAAACUGACCUACAACUCUCUAAUUCAGACUUUUUAUACUUUGGACUAGAAUUAAGCCCCCAAUAACCAAUUUACUAUUGAAAAGAAGCUGUCUAAAUCAGACUGGACCAGACCAGACUGCAUAUUCUCUCACUUUGAAGUAAGCUCAAUCAUUGUCAGCUGAAACAACAUUGCUAAUUAGCCAAGUCAUCCUACUGAUCUGAACACUUUGUUGUCCGCUUGGUUAAUUAGAAUUUACUCACUUGUUAAUGAGAAACUCAGUUUAAUUAGAGUAUCUCAGUGUCAUGAGUGUGACAAUAAAUAACGUUAAACACAGCUUGACAUUUUGCUUGCAAGUCUGGCAUCAGUAGGCAGAUUGUCUCUUCAGUCCAACUUUUGUUCUCUGUGUAAUCUGGACCUUGCCUUAAACCGGACUUUUUUACCGGUCCCAGCUGAGUCAAAAUUGGACAGAUUCCAAUGUACUGAAGAAAAUAGCGUUCACAUAAGAACAUGCUCCAAAUCCUAUUAAUCGUACUGAUCUCAAGGAUAGCAGAGGGUUCUGUAGCUUCAGACAGUGAAUGUAUCCAAUAGUUCUCAUAGUAAAGGAUUCUAUUGGUUCAGAUAGUAAAGGAUUCUAUUUGUUCAGAUAUUAAAGGAUUUUAUUGGAUCAGAUAUUAAAGGGUUCAAUGUGUUCAGAUAUACAUUUACAUUUCUGCCGUGAUGUAGACAAUCUGUGAGUGAUUAGAGACCUGUCAUUGAACGAGGUCCUACAUAUCUUGCAUAUAUUUCUUUUUUCUUGUUUCUUCAUGUAUGGAGACCAAUUUCAGUUGUUUGUGAUAAGUGCAUGUCUGUUUAAACAAUCUGCCUGUAAAAGAUGAUGAGGAUAACGCACAAGCUAUUGGACAUUCGAUACAAAUAAUGUACGCGCCAGCAAAGCCUUUCUAAGGACACACCAUGCUUUGACCUAACAGUGAAAACAACAUGGAAAUAAUCUAGUUGUUUAGGAUCCUUAAGAGCAAUUCACUUAUUACACUAAACUGCCAGGCAAAAGAAAGUGUCCGUGGUUGAUCCAGGGGUUCUUGGGAGGGCCACCUCCCCUGUUCACAUCUGAUGACAUUAGUGUGCGCAUUGCCCACCAUGAUAACAUGUGGUUGUUAAAGUAAAACUAAUAAUGGUUUACAUACAGUGUGUGUGAUGUUUUGGGUAGGCUUCUGGGUGGACUCACACCCCACCCACCCCAAGUUACAAAUGGCCCAAGUGGAACAACCCCUAUUUUAGAAUCCUGGACCCGUUCCUGAAAAUAAACCCAUCUUUGAUGGUGGGUAAAAAUAAAACUAAGAAAAAAUGUUUUUGAUGGUGGUGUAUUUGAAACAGCUGUCAUAGUUGUGUUUUGGACUGUUUUCAGCCCAGUUAUGUUUUGAUAAUGUUUGUAAUUGUUUGGUCAAAUUCUGUUUUCAAGGAUAUACUAACUUCCUUUUGGCCGGCAGCAUAUGUUUGUCUAGUCCUUCAGCCCAAUAUUUGUACAUUGUACAGUUAACUCUAAACACAUUUCAUUGCACUUUUAUUAAGCUUUACUUAUGUUAUUAACUAAAAUAAUUAGUAAUAUCUAUAAGAUGCUAUCUUGUUCCUUCGUUGAAUUCUCUUCUACCUCUGACUCUCAUUCAUGUCCUAUUCUCUGAACAACUAUUGAUGUAUUGUGUGGUUAUCACCAUGUUUGAUCAUUAUUAGUGUGAACUGUCCCAUUGAAUGUUGAUUCUUUUCAUUUCACAAAUGUAAUUUAUUCACCGAAAACAUAUAUCCAUUUUCUGCCAGUAUACCCUAUAUUUUAACUAGUCAUAGCAUUUUCUAUGGUAGUUUAAUCUGAUGAGUUUAUUCUCCAACAUAAUUUACAACCGUGUGAACUGUUAACAUCAGUGAAUUUGUUUACUUUGAUGUAAAUAAAAAGAGAGAUCAAA